AUGCUCAACGCGGAUUUCGCGAAUCUGAUGCAGGGCGGCUGGGAGGAAAUCGCACACUCUACGGCUGCAUUUUCAUCGCGUGAGGGAGCGAGAACUAUCCUGACCAUUAGCUCGUCGAUUACAGAGCUUCCAACGGACCUUCGACGGAUGGACCCCGGAGAACCUGGGAACUACUGUGAGCAGAUUCGAUAUGCUCGCUUGUCGUCUGCUUCCUCAGCACUCGCAACUUGUCUGCGGGUUGAUGAUGAAGUAUGGCGUCGUGCGCUACAGUAUUGUAUGCUUCUGCCCAGUCCUUGA